CCCUUCGUCACGCGCCUUCCCGCGUCCUCAGGCAAUAUCACGUGACGCGCGGCCCGGACGCGGAAGUGGCGCUCGGACGGUGCCGCUGCCCCGGCGGGGACACGGACCCGCAGAUAUGCGAGAUGCCUUCAGCUGUCUUUGCUCGAAGCAGCUGAGAAGAGCUGGAGUCCAAGAUGAGAACCAACAAGGUGUACAAACUCGUCAUACACAAGAAGGGCUUUGGAGGCAGUGAUGAUGAACUGGUGGUGAAUCCUAAAGUAUUCCUUCAAAUCAAGCUGGGAGAUGUUGUGGAGAUUGCCCAUCCCAAUGAUGAGUACAGUCCCCUGCUCCUGCAAGUGAAGUCACUGAAGGAGGAUUUGCAGAAAGAAACAAUAAGUGUGGAUCAGACAGUUGCCCAGGUGUUCCGACUGCGGCCGUACCAGGAUGUCCAUGUGAAUGUUGUUGACCCAAAGGAGGUGACCUUGGACUUGGUGGAGCUGACAUUUAAGGAUCAGUAUAUUGGGCGUGGGGACAUGUGGCGACUGAAGAAGAGUUUGGUCAGCACCUGUGCAUAUGUCACCCAAAAAGUCGAAUUUGCGGGUAUCAGGGCUCAGGCAGGGGAACUGUGGGUAAAGAGUGAGAAAGUCACCUGUGGAUACAUCAGUGAGGACACCCGGGUGGUUUUCCGCUCCACUUCUGCCAUGGUUUAUAUUUUUAUCCAGAUGAGCUGUGAAAUGUGGGAUUUUGAUAUUUAUGGGGACCUGUACUUUGAGAAGGCUGUGAAUGGUUUCCUCGCUGACCUCUUCACAAAAUGGAAGGAGAAGAAUUGCAGCCACGAAGUGACAGUGGUUCUAUUUUCUAGAACAUUUUAUGAAGCAAAAUCUAUAGAUGAGUUCCCUGAAACACAUCGUGCAUCCAUUCGACAGGAUCACGAGGGAAGGUUUUAUGAAGAUUUUUACAAGGUUGUAGUUCAGAAUGAGAGGAGAGAGGAGUGGACCUCAUUGCUUGUGACCAUUAAAAAGCUUUUCAUCCAGUAUCCUGUGUUGGUACGACUGGAGCAAGCAGAUGGCUUUCCUCCAGGUUACAAUUCCACCUCAGCACAAGGGAACUACCUGGAGGCCAUAAAUCUUUCGUUCAAUGUCUGCUUGAUCACACCGCUGACUGAGAAAGCAAAAAAUAAUCGAGAUGCCUCAUUAGGAGCUCCCAAGGAUGCUGAGAAUGCCCUGCCUAUCCAGGUGGAUUACGAUGGCUACGAUGCCCAGGUGUUCCGGCUGCCGGGCCCGUCCAGAGCCCAGCGCUGCACCACUUUCAGGUCUGUGAGGGAGAGGGAAAGUCGGACCAGGAAGAGCUCGAGUUCCUACGACGUGUCGUGCAGCCCGUCCCUGCAGAGCCGCACGCUGCCCCCGGAGGAGGUGCGGAGCCAGGCCUCUGACGACAGCUCCCUGGGCAAGAUCUCCAACAUCCUCAUGAUCCCGCGGCCACACCUGCAUCAGUGUGAAGUCAGCAGCUCCCUGGGCUACACCAGCACCAGAGACGUCCUUGAGAACAUGCUGGAGUCUCAGCAGCGGGACUCCAGUGCCCCUGGGAGGUUCCACGUGGGCAGUGCCGAAUCCAUGCUGCACAUCCGGCCGGGGGGAUACACCCCCCAGAGGGCCCUCAUCAACCCCUUCGCCCCCUCCCGCAUGCCCAUGAAGCUGACGUCGAACCGGCGCCGCUGGAUGCACACCUUUCCCGUGGGUCCGUCAGGAGAAGCCAUCCAGAUCCAUCACCAAACCCGGCAGAACAUGGCAGAAAUGCAGGGCAGUGGGCAGCAGGACCUGACCCAUUCCUCUGCUGAGCUCCUGGAGCUGGCUUACCAUGAGGCCACGGGCAGACACGUCAGCUCUCGGCAUCCAGGGGACAGCGGCUCCUUCCUGAGCUUCAGCGGGACAGAGGAGUUCUCCAACGGGCUGGCUGGGAGCAACGGGGCAGGGACAAACCUCAAAACUCAGAACAAGGAUUCCUUGGAAGAUGCUGUCUCUAACUCUCCAGAUCCAAUGCCAGGCUUCUGUUGUACAGUUGGAGUGGACUGGAAAUCCCUCACUACUCCGGCCUGUCUCCCCCUCACCACGGAUUACUUCCCGGACCGCCAGAGCCUGCAGAACGAUUACACGGAGGGUUGCUAUGACCUGCUCCCAGAGGCUGACAUUGACAGGAGGGAUGAGGAAGGAGUGCAGAUGACAGCCCAGCAGGUGUUUGAGGAGUUUAUUUGUCAGCGCCUCAUGCAAGGCUAUCAAAUUAUUGUGCAACCCAAGCCACAGAAACCGGCCCCAGCCGUGCCACCCCCCCUGAGCAGCAGUCCCCUCUACAGCCGAGGUCUUGUAUCAAGAAAUCGAGCUGAGGAGGAAGAUCAGUACUGGCUGAGUAUGGGCCGUACUUUCCACAAAGUCACCUUGAAAGACAAAAUCAUCACUGUGACUCGGUACCUACCCAAGUAUCCAUACGAAUCUGCUCAGAUAAACUACACCUACAGCUUGUGCCCCUCACACUCUGACUCUGAAUUUGUCUCUUGCUGGGUAGAAUUUUCCCAUGAGAGACUAGAAGAGUACAAGUGGAAUUACUUGGAUCAGUAUAUCUGCUCUGCUGGCUCAGAGGAUUUCAGCCUGAUCGAGUCCCUGAAGUUCUGGAGGACGCGGUUCCUGCUGCUGCCCGCCUGCAUCAGCGCCACGAAGCGCAUCGUGGAGGGCGAGACGCACUGCGACGUGUACGGGGACAGGCCCCGCUCCGACGAGGAGGAGUGGCAGCUCCUGGACGGAUUCAUCCGCUUCGUGGAGGGGCUGAACCGCAUCCGGCGCCGCCAUCGAUCCGACAGGAUGAUCCGGAAAGGAUCUGCCAUGAAAGGCUUGCAGAUUGCUGGUCCAAUUCCCACCCACUCUCUGGAGCAGUCUGGACCUCCCAUUGGGAAGAAAGGAACCUCAGCACUCUCAGCUCUGCUGCAGAUGGAAGCCAGUCAGAAGACUCUGGGGGAGCAGCAAGCAGCAAUGCUUUCUGGGAAGAGCUCUGGGCAGCCCUCGGAGAGUGGGAGCAUUGCCAUCACACCCACCUAUAUGGACAGCCCUCGUAAGGAUGGGGCCUUCUUUAUGGAUUUUGUUCGCAGCCCACGAACAGCUUCAACCUUCUACUCCCAGGUCUCUAUAGAUCAGUCAGUUCCUGCAGCCUCAGAUGGCAACAUGCUGAUAACCACGGGGCAGGUGCCUGACAGGGGCAGCACCCAGACCUUGGGAAGUGCCCAGAAUGCUGCAGAGCCAGGAUACAGCACAGCUGGAGCUGCAGAGGGCAGCUCUCAGCAGUGUUCCACGAGUGCUCUGACUUCCUCCUCCACUUUGGUGGAGAUUCUUGAAGCCAUGAAACACCCCACCACAGGGAUCCAGCUGCUCUCGGAACAGAAGGGCCUCUCCCCGUACUGCUUCAUCAGUGCAGAAGUUGUGCACUGGCUGGUCAAUAAUGUGGAGGGUGUGCAGACCCAGGCCAUGGCCAUUGACAUAAUGCAGAAAAUGCUGGAAGAGCAGCUGAUUGUCCAUGCAUCUGGAGAAGCUUUACGAACCUUUAUUUAUGGCUUUUAUUUUUACAAGAUUGUUGUGGACAAGGAACCAGACCGAGUGGGGAUGCAGCAGCCUGCCAUGUGGCACACCGCUGCCAUGGACGACUUCUCCGCCUUCCAGAGGAAGUGGUUUGAGGUGGCCUUUGUGGCAGAAGAGCUCCUGCACUCGGAGAUCCCGGCGUUCUUCCUGCCCUGGCUGCCCAGCCGCCCCGCCUCCUAUGCAAGUAGGCACAGUUCCUUUAGCCGCAGUUUCGGAGGACGGAGCCAGGCAGCUGCACUCUUAGCUGCCACGGUGCCCGAGCAGCGGACGGUGACGCUGGACGUGGAUGUGAACAACCGCACGGACCGGCUGGAGUGGUGCAGUUGUUAUUACCACGGCAAUUUCUCCCUGAAUGCUGCCUUUGAAAUCAAGCUGCACUGGAUGGCAGUGACUGCAGCUGUGCUCUUUGAGAUGGUUCAGGGUUGGCACCGGAAAGCCACCUCCUGCGGGUUCCUGCUCGUCCCAGUCUUGGAAGGCCCGUUUGCUUUGCCCAGUUACUUGUACGGAGACCCACUUCGGGCUCAGCUCUUCAUCCCCCUCAACGUGAGCUGCCUGCUGAAGGAGGGCAGUGAGCAUCUGUUUGAUGGCUUCGAACCCGAAACGUACUGGGACCGAAUGCACCUGCUCCAGGAGGCAAUAGCACACAGAUUUGGAUUUGUGCAAGAUAAAUACUCAGCCUCUGCAUUCAACUUCCCAGCAGAGAACAAGCCCCAGUAUAUCCAUGUCACAGGGACGGUGUUUCUGCAGCUGCCGUAUUCCAAGCGGAAGUUCUCCUGCGGGCAGCAGCGGCGCCGGCGCAACUCCACCAGCUCCACCAACCAGAACAUGUUCUGUGAGGAGCGAAUCGGCUACAACUGGGCCUACAACACCAUGCUCACCAAAACCUGGCGCUCCAGCGCCACCGGGGACGACAAGUUCGCCGACCGGCUGCUGAAGGACUUCACUGACUUCUGCUGGAACAAGGACAGCCGGCUGGUUCUCUUCUGGACCGACUGUCUGGACAAGAUGCACGCCAGUGCUCCGUGAGAUAGGGCUGCAUUGGAUCUCUUAGGGAGACAGCUAAAGCUUUACCUUGUGGCAAGGAUGUAGAAGUGAAGGAUGAGUGAAAAGAGCCUCUCUGUUGGAUUCAUCUUGAGGCUCCAAGAGGACCUGAACAAUAUUGCUGUUGAUAUUCAACAGAAUUUGAUUAAGUGCUUGGAAAAAAAAAGAAUCUGAGCUCUUAGCUUGCCAAUAUCUAUCCCCUGACUUCAGCUUGGUUUUAAGUAGCUGCAGUCCUUGAUUGCCAAAACUUCAGUUAGAGCAGAGGUAAAGGAGGGAGAGUGCAAAUGGUUUUCAAGGGCAGUUGGAUUCAGCACAGUGUGGUGGUAGAGGCUUCCUGUCUGUGGAAAUGAUGGGUGCCCUUGGCAUCUGCUGUGCCAGGCAGCAGCCUGCCCCUGCCUCUCCUGAGGUGUACCUGAUUGUGUGAAUAUGUAAGAUAAAUGUGAGAGAUGCUUGUUACAUUUCAUACAUGUAAAUAAGUAAAAAUGCAGAAAAG